AUGAACAACAACGGGGAACGACUCCUUGGACUGGCAUCAGACAACCAACUCUCCCUGACCAACACCUACUUCCGGACACCGAAAGGUGGAGUGCAGCACACAUUCCAGAGCUCCAACAAGGGGAAGGCGAAGUAUCGCCUCGACUUCAUCCUCAUGCGUCAGACGGACCGGCGUUUCGUGCGUAAUGUCUCCAACAAACGUGUCGACUUCAAGGACUCUGACCACAACCUCGUGCUUACGACUGUCCGCCUCCCCCCCCGUGUCGCACCCAACCGACAAGUACAGGGGGACAGCAGAAGCAGCCGGAUCCGUAUCGGCCUCAAGCGGUUAACGAAGGACAAACACCUACGGGUCGCCUCCCAAAACAGGGCCUCCAGCCGCCCUCCGCCCACGGCGCCCAGGCGGCCAACGGCAGAGGNCGACUGUCCGCCUCCCCCCCCGUGUCGCACCCAACCGACAAGUACAGGGGGACAGCAGAAGCAGCCGGAUCCGUAUCGGCCUCAAGCGGUUAACGAAGGGAACAGCAGAAGCAGCCGGAUCCGUAUCGGCCUCAAGCGGUUAACGAAGGACAAACACCUACGGGUCGCCUCCCAAAACAGGGCCUCCAGCCGCCCUCCGCCCACGGCGCCCAGGCGGCCAACGGCAGAGGCCGCCGCCGAGCUGACGGCUACGGUGAUGUCGGCCGCCGCUGAGACCGCGCCGCUGGCGAGGUGCGCACGAGGGCAGAGAGGCUGGUACACGAGCGAAGAGCAGCACGAGAUCUCCGAAGCGUCUAAGGAGAUCAAGGCGGCCCAGCUGCAACUGCGUGGGGCCUCAAAGAACAGCGCCUUCGAGGCGACCCUGAAGGCGAUGCUCAAGGCGGCGCGGAACAAGCGUAGCAUCGCGAGGUGGAGAGAACUGGAAACGUUCAUCGAGGGCUAUGUACGGCAGCUCGACAAGAAGCGCCGCAAGGGGGAUCAGGUGGGUUUCUACAGGCAGCUGAAGAUGAUCGACGUCGAAGGUAAGAGGUCGUUCACCUCUCAGAACAUCAAGGACGAGGACGGCAAGGUCCGUCGGGACCCCACGUUAAUUCGCCAGCGGUGGGCACGGUGANAUCAAGGACGAGGACGGCAAGGUCCGUCGGGACCCCACGUUUAUUCGCCAGCGGUGGGCACGGUGAUUCCACAAGCUCCUCAACUCCAAGUCGCCGACCAUCGACCUGCAUGCGGCUGACAAGGUCAAGCGGUGGCCCACGUGCGUGCCACUCGACGACAUCCCAUCUCUACUUGAGGUUGAGGAAGCGGUACGGGAAAUGGCCAACAGAAAGGCCAUCGGGCCGAACGACCUACCGGCUGAGCU